AUGAAAAGAUAUGCGGGUAUAAUUCGGAGAUGUUUAUCGACUGCCAAUAAGACCCCAGAACUUCCCGUUUUCCCCGAACCUCCAGAUCCUCUUUCCUGUUGUGGAUCCGGCUGCCAGAAUUGUAUUUGGAUCGAGUAUGCCGAGAAAGUUGGUCAAUUCUUCAAAGAACAUCCUGAGGGCAACAAGUUAACAGCCGCCCAAAAAGAAGAGAAGAUUCAGCGUUUGUUGCGGGAGAAUGUCACGGAUACAAACCUCAGGGCAUAUCUGUCCAUCGAGGUCAAAACCAAUAUGAAAAAUUGA